AUGGUGAUCUUUAUCAAGGCCCUGGGCCAAAUUAAUUACACAAGUAUAUGUGCAAAUUGUGCAAAACUGCUGGAAAAUGCCUUUAAUUUUGACAAAGUAUGCACCUGCUCUAUGCCUUUUUACCUUCCGAAGAAAAUGGAGGGUAAUUUUCAUGUGUACUACAAAUUGUAUGACUUCUAUCAGAAUCUCUAUCGAUCUAUUUUAUCCAGAAGUAACAGGCAGCUGGUGGGCAAAGAUGUAACAGAUGUGAAGGACUGUGCUCCAUUCAAAGUGUCCCACAAUAAGACCCCCAUUGUUCCUUGUGGUGCCAUCGCCAACAGCAUGUUCAAUGACACCAUAAUUCUUUCAUAUAACCUUAAUUCAUCUAUACAAAUCAAAGACCCAAUGCUAAAGACUGGACUUACAUGGUGGACAGAUAUGUAUAUCAAAUUUCAGAAUCCAACUUUCAGAAAUCUUAUCAAUUUGAAGGCUGGAACCACCAAGCCUCCAAACUGGCCUAAGCCUAUCUAUGAGUUGGAUGAAGAGGAUUUAAGAAACAAUGGUUUUCUCAAUGAUGACUACAUUGUAUGGAUGCAAACAGCUGCCUUUCCCACUUUCAAAAAACUCUACCGCCGACUCAAUCGAACACACAAUUUUGUGGAAGCCUUGCCUGCUGGUAAUUACAGCUUCAACAUAACCUAUAACUUUCCAGUAACCAGGUUCCACGGAGAAAAAUCAGUUGUGCUUUCCACCCCCACAUGAAGUGGAGGUAGUAGCCUUUUCUUAGGUCUUGCCUAUACAGUGACAGAAUCCAUUACAUGGUUGGCCUCUUUUGCCAUGGUGGCAAUUCAUUCAAAGCUGGAAAAAAAGAAAAUAUCCUUCUGUCAGUAA